AUGAUUUCAGAACUUAAUAUAAAAGCAUUUCAUUGUUCUACUCAUUCUACGAUACAUGGAUAUCUAGCACAAAAAACGAAACAAGUCAGCAAAGAUCAUCGCAGCCAUGUAAUCAUAUUAAAUGAAAAUCAUGUGAUGCAAAAUGAAAACUGUCGCAUAAAUAGAAGCUUAACUCUUAUGUUCACUGCUCAAGCUUCUUAUACAGUGAACAAGGUGGCACAGUAUUGGAUGAAUUCAAAACCAAUAUCUAAACGAAUACCCAAAUACGAAGCGAAAGAAUUCUGUUAUCAAACACCAAGGUACAUAGCCCAAUAUGUAUGGAUAUCUCUGAGAAAUAAAUCAACAGAAAUUCUUAGCAUCUUCUUUAAGGCUGAAAGAGCAUAA